AUGCAACUAGAGUUCAUCGACGGAGUCAUGGGCAAAGACGUCCCUGACAAGGCCGUCCCAAUGGCCAAAGGCAAAGAGCGUCUUCGUGACGCGUCCAUAGGCUCAUGGCGCGCACACAUGAAUGCUGUUCGAGAAAUUGUGCACCGGAAUCUUUCCUCGGCUCUCAUUAUGGAGGACGAUGUUGACUGGGACGUGAGGAUAAAAGACCAGCUCUACGACUUCGCGCUGGCGUCGCAGACACUCACGCAACCCUUGCGUGGCCGCACUGGCGCAUAUGCUGACCCGACAUAUCCGAAGCCAUCGGAGGACUCACCCGAGACACCACCCGAGCUGGUUUUCCACCACCUCCCUGCUACUACGCCUGCAACCGUCUCCCCCUACGGAGACGACUGGGACCUCCUCUGGGUCGGUCACUGUGGGAUGCACUUCCCCUUCAAAAACGGCAAAAACAUCCCGCGGGGCCGAGUGAUCCGACCCGACGACGAAACUGUUGCGCCGAAGAAGAAUCUUUGGACCUUCAACAUACCCUUCACCCUCGUCGAAAAGUACCCAGAGCAUACGCGCGCCUACCACCAUGUGCAGGAAGGCGUGUGCACGCUAGCGUACGCGCUCAGCCAACGCGGGGCCCAGAAGCUGCUGUAUGAGGUUGGGCUCAAGGAAGUCACCGACGCUUACGAUAUCCUCUUGCGGUUCUUCUGCGAGGGGUCCAAGGGCCGCAAGGCCGGACGCCAGUGCUUGACCACUCAGCCGACCCUUUUCGCUCACCAUCGCCCCGCCGGCCCGAGGGGCGCGAUGAGUGACAUCGGGAAUCACAAGGGAUGGCAGGAUAAGUCCAUGACGGAUAUAAUUCGGUGGAGCGUUCGGAUGAAUGCUGAUGUGCUAAUGGACGGGGGCGAAGAUAUGAUUGAUCAAUGGCCAGACAAAUCUAAAUAG